CCGUUUGGCGUGCGAACGAAACAGAAAUGAGUCUAGCUAGUCUUUAUUUUUACAUACUGUUGCUGUUCUCGGCGUUCAUAGUUCAAGGUCAGCGUGUUUCGCAAAUUAAUUGCUCCAAGUAUCGGAACCAAACGAAAGUCAGCUCAGCCGGCAUCCCGCUACUACUGAAUGCAAGACCGAUAAUAUACGAAUCGUUCAACUGCUCUAAAUCCGUUAGCCUAAUUGUUGGCGGUGAAGAAGCCAAGGAAGGCGAAUUUCCACACCAAGCUUUGCUUGGGUGGCAGGAAAACGAUUUUCCGGAUCAGUGGGAUUUCCGGUGCGGCGGAUCACUGAUUAGUGAACGGUUCGUACUGACGGCUGCUCACUGUAUGAGAUAUGGCAGGCCGGAUAUCGUUCGUUUGGGCGAGCAUGACCUGCGGGAAGAGUUCGACAAUCAUGUAGACUUCGGGAUAGAAUUUGUUAGGAGACACCCGCAGUAUCGUUUUGCCACCUCGUACCACGACAUCGCUCUAAUUAAACUUAACGGGACGGUUUUAUUCUCAAUGUACAUUCGGCCAGCAUGUUUGUGGGACGGUAUGGAAUUCAACGUUACCGCAGCGAUUGCCACUGGCUUUGGGCAUACCGUCUUUGAAGGUGCCAAAAUUUCCGAUGUGCUACGAAAGGUUCAGCUGGAUUUCCUCGACAGAGAAGAUUGCGAGGCGCAGUUUAUCGGGUUGAGAAACUUCCAGGAUGGUGUUAAGGACAGCCAGUUGUGCAUCGGUAGUAAGCGUGGUGGCAGAGACACCUGCCAGGGAGACUCCGGUGGUCCGCUGCAAAUCAAAACAGAACCGAAAGGUUGCAUAUACUACGUGCUUGGCGUUACUUCUGCAGGUGCCGCUUGCGGUGAGGGACAAUCGCCAUCUAUCUAUACCAAGGUUGCCAGUUAUAUAGACUGGAUUGAGGGAAUUGUGUGGAAGUAAACCUGAGAAGACCGCCCAGGAAAAUGUCAGCAGUUUGAAACAGUUCUAAAUAAAUUUACUAUGUUUAUUGGCACUGGAUCGGCAGAAACAUAUAAAUGAAUAGUUGAGCCACAAACGGAGUUUUGUGUAUUUCUUCAAUUCUCUCAUU